GCCCGCCCGGGCCACUUCCGAUUCAGCUCUUGGUUCAGGUUCCGGGGCGCCGCGGAGCUCCCGGCCUGUGGACGCCGCGCGGCGCUCUGGGGAAUCCAGCGCCAAGCGCCGUGCGGUGGCUAGGAUGGAGGAGGCCGGAGCGGCGGUGGUCACGGCCGGGGAGGCCGAACUGAACUGGUCCCGCCUCAGCGUGUCCACUGAGACGCUGGAGUCUGAGCUGGAGGCGCGGGGCGAGGAGCGGCGCGGCGCGCGGGAGGCACUGCUGCGGCUGCUGCUGCCUCACAAUCGUCUAGUGUCGCUGCCGCGGGCGCUGGGCAGCGGCUUUCCGCACCUCCAGCUGCUGGACGUGAGCGGCAACGCGUUGACCGCUCUCGGCCCGGAGCUGCUUGCGCUGCGCGGCCUGCGCACGCUGCUGGCCAAGAACAACCGGCUCGGCGGGCCCAGUGCGCUGCCCAAGGGCCUGGCUCAGUCGCCGCUCUGCCGCAGCCUCCAGGUACUCAACCUCAGCGGCAACUGUUUCCAGGAGGUGCCUGCCUCGCUCUUAGAGCUGCGUGCGCUGCAGACCCUGAGCCUGGGCGGCAACCAGCUACAGAGCAUCCCGGCUGAGAUCGAGAACUUGCAGAGUGGUUAUGAGUUCUAUGAAGACCUACAGAAUGCCUUGAGACAAAAUGACAGAGGCACAUGGGAAAGCCCAGAGGCAAGGAGGGUAACUACUAAAAUUCUGAAAGAAGGACAUUGUACUGGGAAUUUAGAGUGCUUAUAUCUUGGAGGAAAUUUCAUUAAAGAAAUCCCACCAGAAUUAGGAAAUCUGCCUUCUCUGAAUUACUUGGUAUUAUGUGACAACAAAAUCCAAAGUGUACCUCCUCAGCUUUCACAGUUGCAUUCACUUCGUUCCCUAAGUCUUCACAAUAACUUGCUGACAUAUCUGCCGCGGGAGAUCCUCAACCUUAUUCAUUUGGAAGAGUUGAGUUUACGAGGAAAUCCAUUGGUUGUUCGUUUUGUUAGAGAUUUAACCUAUGAUCCUCCAACUCUCCUGGAAUUAGCUGCACGGACCAUUAAGAUCCGAAAUAUUUCCUACACUCCCUAUGAUCUUCCUGGGAAUCUUCUUAGAUACUUGGGUUCAGCCAGCAAUUGCCCAAACCCAAAAUGUGGAGGAGUCUACUUUGACUGCUGUGUCAGACAAAUUAAAUUUGUGGACUUCUGUGGGAAGUAUCGCCUCCCACUGAUGCACUACUUGUGUUCCCCAGAAUGCUCUUCCCCUUGCAGUUCUGCCUCUCACAGCUCCACAUCCCAGAGUGAAUCUGACUCAGAAGAUGAAGCUAGUGUUGCUGCACGCAGAAUGCAGAAAGUUCUUCUUGGUUGAAUAGGAGUGCACACUGGUGUGAAAUACUUAAAAAACUGAGCAAAGGCGGUUAGAUAAGAAAACAGAGCUUGAAGUUCACUGUUCACUAGAAACCUUAUCUUCAUCUUAAGUGUUCAUGAAAGAGUCUGGGAUGAUAUAAAACAUCUUGUGUUUCAUCUACCCAUUCAGCAGGAAUGAGUCCAGUCCCAUGUUUGGAUUCUUUUAACAUAAUUUAUUAUGAAUGAUAGUUCCACAUUUGGCUGAUGGUUUGCAGUUUUCACUCAAGUUUUGCCUGAAUCAGAAAGCAGAAUGGUACCUUUUGAAGAGCAGUUCUACAAUAAGCCAUAAGUAGUAUACCUUUUGGCAGUUGAGAUGGAGAAAGUGAGAAAUAAUCAAAGCUAUAAUUGCCAGAGUUGCCCUUGGGUUUACGUAGAACACUAUAUACCAUAUAUACUAUAUGUGCCAUAUAUAUAUGUAUUAUAUGCCAUAAACAGGAAUAACCCUCCCUUUUUUUAUUGCCUGUAUGUCUAGAUUAGUUCAGAGAAGCUCACAGAUGGUUACAUAGGAUGUAAACCUUUCUGACAAACUAACUGGUGAAGUAAGGCAUAUAACGGUUAAGUGGGAUAUUAAAACUUUUUCAUUCUUUUCCUUUGUUCUAUAGGAUUGCUAUUAACCUUAUAUAAUCUAGCAAUGAUUGUUAUAGUGCCUUAAUCCAGCAAGGAUAUAAAAAUGUAUUCAAGAAAUAAUGCCAGAGCAACAUAUAACCUGACAUACCAUGCAGAACAUUUAAAAAUAUUCUUUAGCAGAACUAGGUAAAUAACUGUAUAUCUGAUAUCCAUGGCCCUCUUAAUACUUUGUGCACUCAUCCCUUAUAAGCACAUUACUUUUACACUUAAUGGUAGGCCAUAGUCUUGAUCAGUCUGGUCAUCAUAAGACAGAGUAAGAAUUUUUAACAAAAAAUUCUAAAAGAGAUAUAAGCUAGGAAAGCUUCUGUAUAUCUUGCAUUAAAUGGGUAGGGAAAAAAUAUGACUCUUGCCCAUGUCACGUACUGGACCAUCUUUCUCUACUUUUUAAAGAAAAACUAAUAAAACUAGAAAAACAUCACAACAAGCCAAAUAAAAAUGGGGAAAAGUUGUCAUUGUCCUUAUACCUAAUAAAACAGUUUCCAGAACUACUUUAACUAUGGAAGCAUUUUCAAAAAUAAAGUAGUAAUAAAAUAGAAAAAACUUAUUAAUAUAUUAUAUCCUUAAUGUAUAGCAGGAAAAUAGUUUCACAAAUUAAUUGCUAUUAGAAAUUACCAAAUUUUUAUUAACUAGUUUAAUAUGCAAUACAAAUUGAAUUUUAAGUACAAUUUAAGUACAAUAUAAGUUGAUAUAAAGUAAAUGCUUACUGGUAAUCAUUAAAUAACUAAUAACAUCACUUGUUAAAUGUUAAACAUGCAGUAAGAAAUGUCAAAUAUACAGGUCAGAUAGGCAUUAGAACAUCAGGUGAUACCUUUUCUGAUUUCUGGCAUUCAUGGCACACCAUUUCUUAAAAGCAGAUUGUUGUAUAAUAACAUAUACAUGUAUUAGGGUUUUUUUCAUAUAUAUAUUUUUUAUUUUAGAAGAAACUAGCAUAAUUUAGGAUUUAUGUGUUUAUUUGUAUAUUAAUUCAUGAAACAUGAGAGUUUCAUGAACUGCAGAUGUGAAACGCUGCUAUAGAAUGAAUCCCUUUACCUUUACCCUGUUAUAAUGUAGUAAGAUUUUGUUUUCCUUUUGAUUCAGAAAUUUUCUGUGUCUAUAGAAGUAAUCUAAUAUGUUCCUACUGGCUAGAAGAGUAAUACAUGGGUGAUUAUAUCACAAAAUAGAGGUAUAAAGAAUAGAGGUAUAAAGUCUUUGCUUACUUCUCCAUGUGAGCCACAGCAAACUGCAGAGUGUACAAUUAUGAAAGGUAAAGAUGACUUAGGCUGUGCCUAAGUGACAAAUGUAAAAUGUUUUGUAAAUAAGUGACUUAGUUAAGAUACAUAAGAUAUUUUCAUAGAAAAUGAUGUAUUCAUAGUAAAAUACUCGAAUUGAUAGGACCAACUUUUUUUGGCCUGAAUGCUUAUGCCUACUUCCUAAUCAAUUACCAACUUGACUUGAGCAACUGCUUGAGUAGUCUUCUAAGAGUUAGUCUUCGUAAAAUAAAUGGAUAGGUAUGUAAAUAUAUAAUCUUACAUAGCCUUUCCAACUUUCUAGAAAGAAGGUCUACUGCUUCAUCUUUUACAGAUGUAAAUAGGUCCAACCAGAGAGUUUCUGGCCUUUGCAUAUAAGAAUAUAGAUGUAUAUCACAGUAUUAUUUCAACAAAAUGUUAUGGUUCUAUGUAUAGUUGAAAAAUCUAUGAUCAGUGUACCGUUGUCUUUUGGUAAUUUUUAAUGAAGUAUAUGUUUAGCUGUUGGUUUUAUCUUUCGUAAAUCUUUGACCUAACGUUUUGUAAGAGCAGCUAAUAAUUUCUAAGAUUUUCCGUUUCUUUUUCCUACCUUUCCUUUUCUCGUAACUGAUUAGGGAAAUUAACCAGAAGUCAGAUACAAGGGACUCAAUAAUCUAGAAACCAGAUAAUCAGCUCCCAAAUCAUAUAGCUAACUAUGUAUUUAAAAUAACAGUCUGUCACUUUAGUUCCUAAGUCAUAUACUUGUGUUUAAUUACGGUAAAUAAUCUUUAAUUGGGGUUUUUAAAAGACAGAAUUAGCGAAGUCUAAUUUUUAUAAUGAAAUAAGUUUUUGAUGUUGCUCUACUUGGACAAUUUUAGUGACCAAAACUACAGAUAAAACUGCUUAAGCAUAACGUUAACAUAUUUAGAAUGGCAUUCUUCAAUACUAGUAUUUUAAAUUGGAAUUAGUACACUGUGCAUUCUUAGUAGUCUUUAUCCCUAGAAUCAAUUCUCUCAGCAUCACCAAACUGAGUUGGUGAAAUAAGUGCUAAGAUUCUGGGCAAUAGGAAGAUUAGUGAAUAUGAUACAUGGAUUCCAGGGUGCCAGGGAUUGGCUGACUAAUAUUAAGGACCAGCUGGCCAGGGUCCUCAGUAUUCUAGUAUUUGAGUAGUGGAGGUAAAUCCAAAGGCGACUGGUCAUAUUUUACUUCUGAAUGUGUGCUGAAGUGUCUUUUGUUAAAAAAUUCUUGAUAUUUAGAACUUCAGGUUACCACAUUUAAAAGUAAAGACUUAGCUGGACACGGUGGCACACACCUGUAAUCUUAGCACUUUGGGAGGCCGAAGUGGGUGGAUCAUAUGCAGUCAGGAAUUUGCAACCAGCCUGGCCAGCAUGGUGAAACCUCAUCUUUACUAAAAAUACAAAAAUUAGCUGGCAUGGUGACGCAUGCCCAUAGUCCCAGCUAACUCUGGAGGCUAAUACAAGAGAAUCACUUGAACUUGGAAGACAGAGGUUGCAGUGAUCUGAGAUCACUGUGCUGCACUCCAGCCUGAGUGAGAGUGAGACUCUGUCUCAAACAAAAAAAAAAAAGAUUUGCAUUGUAAAUUGUACCUCAAUUUGAGAAGUUUUUGUGUUUGUGUAAAUAAAAGUAAAAAGCAAUCCACAAUAAUGUUUUGUAAUAGUGCACACCAGUUUUACCAGAUUUUGUAACUAUUAGAUUUAAACAAGAAAAGAGAAGGAAGAGGCUGAUUGCUGGAGUGUUUUAGAAGCCACAGGGCUAGAAGAGAAGUCACCAAACACCUAGGGACAGUCCUAGGCCAAGAAAGCCCUUUAAAGUAAUAGUGAAUUGUUUUAAAAUGAAGUUAUUGAGUGGCCUACUGACUACCAUCCAAAAACCUUUAUCACCAAAUUUGUUCAGUGUUUGCUAUUGGGAGAUCAUCCAUAUCCCUCCAUAAUUAAGGGCCAGCAAGUAAUAGGAUCUUCUUACAGCCAACCUUGCUGUUCCCAAAGGGAGAAAGUAAUACGUCAUUAACCUGGAAUUGUGGUAUAACAGGUAGCCUUGGUUAAUGUUUUACCUUUUCACUAUGUUAAAAAGAAAAAACAGUAAGCAAAUAGUGCAAAUAAAACUUGAUCUUUUAAAGCAUUUUAGCAGUUGCUAUUUAUGUAAAAAGUUAAUGGUUAUUAUUCCUAAAUUUUCAUAAGACCCUUGGUAGACAAAACUAUCAGUUAUAGUAUGUAUAUAUAAGGUUAGUUAAGCUGCAUUUAGUUAGGAACAUUUAAUUUUUUACCUAAAUGAUUCUUUUUUUAUCCAAAAGUAGAGAUUUUAUUAUGUCAUUAUAAAUAUUACUCUCCAUUUAGUCCAAAAUAGUGGGCUUUUUAAGUUGUGCCAGGUACUUAACAAUAGUAAAAGCUACUGUAUAGAUUUUUAUGCAAUGUGACCUAUAAGGCAUAGUUCUGAUUCCUUCUAUAUUGAAUGUCCCUGUUUCCAUAUUAAGUGUUAUGCCCUGUAUAACAUUAAUGAAUUUAAUAGUGUACAAUUUGGGGCCAGGCGUGGUGGCUCACACCUGUAAUCCUGGCGCUUUGGGAGGCAGAGGCAGGCAGAUCACCUGAGGUCAGGAGUUUGAGAUCCGCCUGGCCAACAUGGCAAAAUCAUGUCUCUACUAAAAAUACAAAAAUUAGCCGGGUGUGGUGGCGUAUGCCUGUAGUCACAGCUACUCAGGAGCCUGAGGCAGGAGAAUCGCUUGAACCCAGGAGGCGGAGGUUGCAGUGAGCUGAGAUUGCGCCAUUGCACUCCAGCCUGGGUGACAGAGCAAGACUCGAUAUCCCAAAAAUAAAAAUAAAAAUAAAAGAUUAUGUGCAAUUUUGUAUUUUCAUAGUCAUAUCUUUUUAAAGGUAUCAGUGAUUUCAGUUGUGGUCAGGAAGUAUGUGCCUUAAAUCCUCUACUCUAGACCCAAAGUUUGGAGAUCUGUAUUAUUUAAUAAGUUGUUUGUGACAACGUUGUUACCUUUUUCAUUUGCUUGAGGGAAAAAGACUGUGAUCCUGAAAGAUUCCUUCUCAUAAAAUGGCCUAAUGUGUAUUAGUCUAGGACUUCUGGGGAGGGAACCUCUACCAUGCAUUCUGUCCCAGAAUGUCAAAGCCAUAAGAAUCAGGGUCCCCUGAAAUAAAAUCACUGAAAAGAUACGUUCUCUUAUAUAUUAUUUUAAAAAUUUAUCUGGUGCCACCAAAGAAUGACAGCAGUUUCCAACCAACUUCAUAUUUAUAGCAUCAUAUGAAGAUAUGGUAAGGCUUAGCGUAUUUUGCCACUGGUUUUCUUUGUAAUAUAGGUUGAAAGUGAGAUGUUUGAAUACUUUUAUAUGUGAAUAUCUCCCAUUCUUUUUCUAUCUCCCUUGGUCUAUAUUUACUAAUAAUUGUUAUUAAAAAAAACAGUUCACUAAUGAACUCUGCAUAUUAUUGAACACUCAUAGGGCAAUAUUGAUUUGGGUGCUACCAGACUUUUACCUAACAUUAGUCUUUCUCAGUAGUUGUUGUAAAGGACAGUAUUCAGUCCAGUAAAUAUUAAAGUAUAUUAUAUUAGUUUAAUGAAGGUUAUUUAUAUACUGUCAUACCACAAAACUAUGGUGGAAAGAGCAUCUGCAUUCACCAGAAUGUACUUGUUCCUUUGACUGUGAAUAAAUUGGAUAAGACUUUUUAAUUGUAAGUUCCAGCUAUUGGAAGAUGUGGGGAUAAGAUUGACAUUGCUGUUGCAGUAUUGCAAAAACGACUAAAUUGGUUAAUUAUGUCUACCACUUAUGUUUAAGAGAAUCCUUUCACUAACUUAAAUUGUUAACAUUGUGAUAUUGAGAAAGAGUAUUAACCUAAACAGUCACUUUACAACAAUCAUGUAAAGAUGUGUGUGCUUGCAGUUGAGGUUUUUUUUGCAUUUCUGAGCCCACUUUGUAUUCAUGAGAAACAAAAACAUAACGGGAGAAAAGUUUUAAAUAACCAGCAUUGUAAGUUUUUGUAAAGUUUGGGAUGUCAAAGUAUUAACGAAGGAUACUGAAAACAUACUUUUACUUUGGUCAAAUUACUUUUUAUGAUCUGAUUUCUUAAUUUUCUGUAUUUGAAAUCUUGCGAAUUUGGAGUAUCUACAUCUGUAGAUAAAUAGAUAACUAAAACUUAAUGGUAGAAAUAAGUGUAAUUCAGCAACAUGAUUCAACAGUUUUUAUUUUUAGGAUAAGUUACCAUUUAUUAUAUUAAUAUCAAAUUUAUAUAUUGCCUUGUAAUGCUAGAUGUUCUUAAAAGAAUAUUUGGGCUACUUCAAUUCUACCACCUUCUUUCCCUUCCCCCAGGACAUACAAAAGAUCUUAUAUUAGCCAAUCCUCUAUGUGAAUUUUGCCAUAUCAAGCAUUGUGCCUUAUUUUAAUAAAACUGUUUUGUUGGAAUCCAUUUCUAUAUUAAAGUCUCUAUAAUGUUGA